AUGAAGUUCUCCUGGCUCUUUCUGCUAGGAAGCACCUCAUCAUCCACCAAAGCGGGGCCAGUCAGCACAAGCACAGGCGUGGUACGUGUGGCUGGACUCACCGGCGUGGAGGAGACCGCACUACCCGAGGACCAUGCUGUCUCCAAAGCCGGACUGAGCGCUUUGAGGUUUCGAAAGUUGCAACCGAGGGAGGACGAGGUCCUCGCCGCGCUGGCGGAGCAGCGCGCGGCGCCGGCGCCGGCGCCAGCAGCAGGUGGAGUGCCAAAGGAGGUCUGGAUGGGCUAUCACCGGCUCUUCGCGCGCGACUAUUUCGAACGCUGGGGUCAUUGGUCCACCGGCGGCCCACAGAAGUUGCCAGGUGCCGCUGGCGCGCCCUCGCCCGCGCCAGCCUGGACGGAUCGGAUUCUGUUCCGCUCCAAGACCAGUCCGGGGAUCAUGGUGGCGCAGUAUAACAUGCAUCAUAACCUCAAGCAGUCCGAUCAUCGCGUGAUCUUCGCCUCGCUGCGCUGCAGCUGCGACGAGCAGAUCGCAGGCCGUCGGCGGCAACGACCCACGGCUUUUGGAGAGGCAACUACCCUGGCGGUGGAGCCCAAAGAGAUCUCCUUCAAGGGUGCCAAGCCGGACGUGGCCAUGCAGCAUACCGUGCAGCUCUCGAUGGCUUGCGCGAGCGGCUUGCUGCGGCAGCGCUACGAGGUCUUCUUUGAAACACCCGGUGGCUUUGCCUGGCCACUAGCAGGAUGGAAUGCCACGUGGUGGGGCUACUGGGUGGUCUGCAUCACCGUGGAGGACGUGGACGAGAAGGGCGAAGAGACCGACUUCGAGCGUUACUUCAAGUAUAAGGACGACGAUGACAACCAAUGGGUGAAGACCACCUUACUGCGCUUGGCCAGUCCACCGGACCGCGUCGUGUCGGGACAGCUCAAUAAGCUGGUCACGGGCUUCACCGAGUUCCGUCAGGAUUGGUCGCACCUGCCUCGUGGCUGGCUCACGUAUCACUCCUUCAACUUCAUUCACAUCUCUGGAGGUGAACUCACCAUUUGCUUGGAGAAGAAGACUGACAAGCUGGAGAUCAUGUUGGCAAAAGGCCCCAGAUCCACCAACUUCAUGCAGGACUUCUCCGCGUUGAUCCGUCCGAGGAAUCCUGACAGGUGUUCCGCCAUGUCGCACCGCGCGGCGGGCCCCGGCAUCACGGUGGCCAGGCUCUUCGAGUGGAUCGACGGGCCCCUGGCACGAAGCUGGCAGCCCUAUUCCCUGAUGGGCGCCAACUGCCAGCAUUUUGCAGAGGAGCUGCACGAGUUCUUGUUGAACCCAAUGAGAGCGGAAGACGAUCACAAGAUCCAGGAGCUGCCGGAUGUGCUCCACACCAUCUCCCUUCAAGUGUCGGCGAACCCCAAGGUCUUGAUGCAUUUGCCACCACAUCUGAGCAAGGAGCGUUCGGUGGCACUCACCGCAGUCACCACGAAUGGUCGUGCCUUGGAAUAUGUGGGUGAGCAGUUUCAACAGGACUGGCGUGUAGUCUUCCUCGCGGUGCAGCAGGAUGGUGACGCGUUGGAGUUCGCCACCGAAGAGCUGAAGAAGGACCGAGAGGUGGUCUUGGCGGCAGUGCAGAACAAGGGUUCUGCCCUGAAGUUUGCCCACCCAUCCUUACACCGGGACAGCCAGCUGCUUCUCGCAGCGGGUUGGCACGCACCCAGCGUCUUCGUCUCGACCUGGAGCUCCGAAGCCGAUGCUUCGCCCAAGUCCACCUCCAGAGGUGCCGAGGCCAGCCUAGAAAAUCGGGUCUCCAAGAGUCCCUUGUCUGCACAAGCCUUCUCAGCCGAUUACUGA